CCGCGAAUGUGAGACGUCCAGAACUCACUCGUGUGUUGCACGCGACACCCACCCGAAAAGGCAAGUCAACGGCGACCCGGUUGCCUGCUUGGGACGAGCAGUAGAUUCGUCACAGCAGAAUAGGCUGUCGUUCCUGACUGUUUAUCCCGCUCACAUAUGUUAUUUGAACAGUUGGGUAAUUGGCUCCGACUACCCGUGCGCUUUCCGGUUUCGAGGCAGAGACUCAGUAGGAGCAUCUUUUGUUGAUCUCUCUGCGAGAACGAAUCGACUUGGCUGAGACCUGUGGCGAGUGCGAGCCGAAGGGGGGCACCCCCACGGUAACUGGCAGAAAUCGGUUCAGACAGCUGCUUUUAAUUCCGAGACUAGCCGGCUGUCUUUUCCCGCACACCAAAGAGUGAUUCUUUUGCUUCGUCGCAUACCUCGAGACACAGUUCGUCUUUUCCGACAUACACCUUAGAACCGGUGUUACAGCACAGCAGGACGUGCUGCGCGACGAGGCGUGUGCUGUUUCCAAGCUCGUCCAGCUGCGAUUUGCUGUCUCUUCGGGGUCGUUUCUUUUCUCACGGGUCUUCUCUGCAAACAGUUCAGUUUGCGUCCUCUUUACUUGUUUUCGCUAACAAAAUGGGAACCGUUUGCACGAAGAACAGAGUGGACACAACCAAGACAGCUGGCACCUCGAAAGCAACAGCUGACGAGGCUGAGCGAACAGUCGCUGUUGAGGAGGGUCUUAAAGCAGCCAAGGAAAUUGAGGCUUUGACAGGUGCUCCCGCUGCGGUUACCAGGGACGGAGAAGUUAUCGCAGCGAUCGAUGAAGAAGAUCGGAAGCAACUGAAUGAAGAACGAACGAACAGCGUCGAUGAAGCAGCUGCUGCUGUGGUCCAGCAGUCUCCGGAACCGGCUGCGGUAAUUCGCAAGGAAGAAGUCGUUACAGUAAAGAGCGAUAAUGGAGACACUCGUGUCCAUGUAGCUGUUGUGGAAGCGGUUAUCAGAAGUGAUCUGCCGGAUCUUCCUGAUCAUGUCGAGAAUGUUUCGGCUGAGGAUCUGGAACUGCUUCGUCAGGCUCGCAAGCAGGUGAUGGCGGUAGGCGGGCCUGUUGUUACGGACAUCACGAAGUCGGAUCAGCAGACCUCCCAAAUCAACAAACCAAGUGCGUCGGCUUACGGGUACCUUCUGUUUUUGCCUGACAAGGGCGGAAGUCUGACCCUUCUUUGGUCGAAGCAACAGCUCUCUGCAGAGGAGGAGGAGAACGCUGGCAAAGUCCUCCUGUCUUUUGUUCCUGCUCUCCAUAAAAACGUCCCUCGGAUGAAAUAUGAAAAGAAGGGUGGGAAAACGGAGCUGCUGACCGACAUCGAAGCGAAGUGGAGCGUGUGGAAGGUGAAUGAGAAGCAGAGGUACUACGCGGCAUGGGCUACUGUUCUGAAGGCAGCUAACGAAUACGAGGCGAAAGUGACUGUCAGGGAGUGGACUGAAGAAAUGCCUCCACAGGUGUUUAUUUCUCUUCUUCAUGUUGGACUGGUUGGCAACAAGGUGGCGUCGCUCCCGCGGGGCCAUCCAGUGGAUCUUGGCGUUUUCUCGCACAUCGCCGUUGUUCCUGCAGACAAAAACAAAGAGUUCAAAGACGGUUUCAAUCUUUCAGAGAAGAAGUUCCAAGACUUAGCAGUGGCAGCAGGCGGCGCUGAUCAGCGAUUUGCUCCCAGAGGAAUCGCCACGGCGUUGGGUCAGGAUGAUGUGGUAGCUUGGAUGAAAGAAGACGGUAUUGAUAUUAGUAAGAACGAAAGGGGAUUAACCCUUGAUGGCCGAAUGGUGGACAGAGCAAAUGCGUAGUGGGUGGCUCUAGAACCCCUUCUGAAAGCAUACAUCCUUGAGUGACGUGCCUCUUCCAGGGAUUAAAAUGUCAGUGGACAAAACAUCCAUGGGAAGUUUCAACCUUCUGUUCUGCCGCGAGAUGACUCUCCGCAAUCUCCUUGGGACGCGGAGUAGCUCGCUGCAUCGUUGCCAGCGUUCAAGACUGCGAAAGUGAAAUAAGCGUAUACAGCUGUUGAAGGCGGUGUGGUACCCCGCUGUCUUUCCCUUCACUUCUACUGUAACGAAACUGGAGAACUGUGUAAAAAUGGUAAGGUACAAAGCGUAGCCCUCCCUCACAUUACCUGACAGGUCGUUUUUGUGUACCCGGCGGCGAAUCUCAUCCUUCGUAGACCUUUCUCGGUGGCGGAGGGGUACUGAUAUACAUUGCGAAGACACACGGCAGCAAAGUGGUGGCGGUGUGCUCUUUUAUGGUUGAAAAAGUGUUCAGGACCCGGUUUCCUUCUUGUUGACCAUAAACCGAAGCUCUCAUUUCGUCUAUCCACGGAUGCAGAAGAUGCGGAAACACGAUAGUGUUUCUCGUCGUUUUGUCGGCGGCCUGCCAGGAGACCCGGCUACAUCGUGAUCAACUCUUCGGUUACCUGAUGACUGCCGGCAUCAGGGCAGCAAUCGAGAGACUACCAAGC